UCCAAUAUUAUCUUCCCCCCAUCGGUGUGAGUUCGUUACAUCGGCGCGGCAACGGGAAAAACAGGAAUUAAAAAACCAGAACUCUAAAAAAUGUUUUUUUUAUAUUGAGUUUUGGUCACAGCAGUUGAAAUGGGAACAGAGGAGGGUAGUAAAGAAGAGUCUGUGGAGCUGUUCUGUCCGAGUGAAGAGGAAAUUGAGAGGUGGAUGGCCAGAGCUUUUGACAUGGCCAAAGAAGCUCUGGAGAAUGGAGAGGUGCCUGUCGGAUGUCUCAUGGUCUACAAAGACGAAGUUGUGGGGAAGGGAAGGAAUGAAGUCAAUGAGACUAAAAAUGCCACUCGGCACGCUGAGAUGGUCGCUCUGGAUCAGGUCCUGGACUGGUGUUGGCGUAGCAGCUUGGACGCGAAGAGCGUGUGCGAGCGGAUGGCGCUGUACGUCACCGUGGAGCCGUGCAUAAUGUGUGCUGCAGCGCUGCGCCUCCUCAACAUCCCCGUGGUCGUGUACGGCUGCAGGAACGAGCGCUUCGGAGGCUGCGGCUCAGUCCUGGAUGUUUCCUCUGCAGACCUGCCUCACACUGGGACCCAGUUCAAGUGUAUUUCAGGUCACAGAGCAGAGGAAGCCGUAGACAUGCUGAAGACUUUCUACAAACAGGAGAAUCCAAAUGCCCCCAAACCCAAAACAAGGAAGGAGUGAUCUCCAAGAAACAUCCUAUUACAAGUUUUUAAUAGUUGUGUGGAUUUUUUAUAAUAUUAUUAAUUAAAUUAUAUUUUACAUACAUUUUUGUGUAUUGAUUUUUUUACUGUUUGUCUAACCUUUUUUUACCUAUUAAUAUGACAUUAAUAAA